AUGUCUACCGAAGCGCCGGUCCCCAUCGCCGGGCGGGUUAUAUGCAUGGGAAUAUCGCUGCUGUCGACCACGGCGCUUACUUUAUUUCUGACUCAGAGAUGCCUGGUCAUCAAGUCUUGGACGCGGCUCCCGAUCCUGGUUUGGUUGGUCUUUGCCAUCUACGUCGACUCGUACAUGUUUGUUUUUGCUACCGCUAUACUGCAACAAUCCAUCGGCGUCAACUCGAGUUUGACUACUUGUGAGGGGGCCAUUCUACUUUGUCUGGCGUGUUACGUUACCACCAAGUUUAUUUACCUCUUUUUAGUUGAAAAAGCGCAUUUCGUACGGGGCACUACCAAGAAGAGAAUGCACUCCAAGCUGUACAUGUUCAACUGUUUCGGUAUGCUCGGAUUAUACGUGGUUGUCGGAAUCCUCAACGUCGUCUUCCGUAUAGCCAAGUUGGAAAACGGCGUGUGCGAGAUUGGCAUGAAAAGCGCGGCCAUGAUCCCGCUCCUUGCCUUUGACACCGUGGCGAAUAUUUACCUGACGAUUCUUUUCCUUGUUCCGCUGCGCAAUCUUUAUUCGUACAAGAGCAUGCCCCGAACACCGGCGACCUUGAGACUACGGAGCGUUGCUACCCGAACCCUUUGUGGCGCCAUGGCCACGCUGCUGAGUAGUAUAGUAAACAUUGCGGUCCUCAUGGCGCUCGGCGGAGAAGCAGGCUGGAUCUGCCUGCUGUGCUGCAAUUGCGACAUUUUGUUCUCUGCCAUUGUCAUCCAAUGGAUCACCUCCAAGGACAAUGCGGGCACCGCGAGCACGGCCUCGACAGAUGGAGAGGCCAAUGGACCGCUUAAGCCGACCGCCACACAAGAGCUCAAGCCCGGUGCGUUGCCAUCUACGUGUUCUGCUCUUGGGAGCGAUUCUCUCUCCGCCAUGGAUCGAUGCUCGACGAGAAGUGACACGAACACGGAUGGGCCUCAUGGUUGCGGGGGUAUACUCGUCACCACGACGAUCAAACGGGAGGAGAUGCAACCGGACGGCACAAAAAGGUCCCGCGAUGGGGAAAGGGGAACAAUACAGACUCAUGAAAGCUAUUUGGCAGAGGAAGGCCGCGUGCACUUGGACGGCUCCGUGGGUGAUGACUACAACUCAGUCGUCGCAGACGGUUGUGGCGGCUACAAGACCAUUAUUACCGCAGAGCCUAGCACAGUGCAACAACCAAGGCGAGGAUAA